AUGGGUAGCUGGGCUCCGUGGUCGGAGGCAGGAGCGGCCGCAGCCACACUUAGUGGCGGGAUAUCGGCAGGUGCUGGCAGAAUAUCAUCGCCCAAUAAUUACCUUGACGUCGUUCAUCGCGGGCGAGGCUCCGUCAGUACCGAGCAUCUGGGGCCCUCCUUCCUGGCAACUGGGAACAAGGCAUCUUGGACACCGGACAAAGGUUGGGUAAAAAUUGGAGUCGUACGUCAAAUGGUGACGGGCGAGCAGAAAAAGAUCCCAAGAGGAGACGGCUCACAUUACGAACUCUCAACGUAUCUGCCUCUGUGGACUCUAUUCGCAGGGAACUGCCUUAGCUUCAGUGGAUGCAUAUCAAGAAAAACCCAGUCCACACAGUCCACAUAUCCUAUCCAGCCAUCCCCCUUCUCGACGAGUAGACCGGGAUUUCAAAGAGAAAGGGGUGAUCCCAGCAGAGACACGUUUUCCAUGACCGGCCUCCGAGUCGAGCUCAACCUCGAUUCGGCGUACCGAGUACUGCUGCUGCUCCCCUCUCCAUAUUACCCUGGCAAGCAAGAAAGAGGCAGCGAGGCUGUGCUUGCAUACAUAUCGAAAAUCGCGUCUUCCCGAUUCCCCGAAGGCAUAAUACCGAAGGAAACUCAAUAUUUGACGAGGGGAGAUGAGCAUGUUCAGUGGGUGGGAACGGCGAGAUACAUCGCGCGGAUCCAGCAGUCUGGAGUCUGCCGUCCACCGCGCAUGCUGUCAUACAAAGUCCACUUGGAGGGGGGAAGGGGUGAAGUCUGGGUGUCUCCUGGAAGUUACUCUUCUUCUUCCAAGAACGAAACAAGUGACGAUCAGCAUCCUUCGAGCCCUUCAUCCAACCUUCAUUCCAGCAGAUAG